AUGACCGGCUACGAGUCAUGGAGUGACCGUCCGUACUGGCAUUGUGACGGAUUCACUGAUUGUCCCGAUGGUUUGGAUGAUUGCAUAGUAGAAGAUUGUGUCUCGCCCGGGGUUUUCUGUGGACACGGUUCCUGCGAUGGCGUCGGGGACUGUUUCGACAAGUCUGAUGAGAGCGGCUGUGUGUGUACCAGUGUGGAUUUCCAAUGUGAAGGCAGCGGCAAGUGUGUAGCACCCUCUGCAGCGUGCGACGGCGUCAUCGACUGUGAGGAUGCAACGGACGAACUGUCGUGCCAGCCGUGUGAAGAGCCCGGCCUGUGGCAGUGCCACAGCGGCGGAUGCAUCCACAUCCUCUCGGUUUGUGAUGGGGACAUGGACUGCUCUACUGGGGAAGACGAGGAGAACUGUCACACUCCCUGCCACGGUCUCCAGCUAGAGUGUGACGGGGGAUGUCUGCCGAGAUACCUCGUCUGUGACGGGCUGCAAGACUGUUCUAAUGGAGAGGACGAGAUCAACUGUACAGACGGAGGUUGUGGUGUUAAGGAGUUCUCCUGUGCAGACGGGACGUGCCUGUUGCAGUCUCAACUGUGUGACAACCUGACGGACUGUAGUGGAGGGGAGGACGAGGAAGACUGCGGAGAUGACCCACCUCCCGGGUUCCCGCUCGGUCUGGCCAGCCGGUACAUUCCCGAUGUUUACGUCACCUCCAGCUCCCAGUACAAGUCGGACUUCGCGCCGUUCCGGGCUCGGCACACGCCGGUAACUGUGCCUGGGUACUGCUGGGUACCGAGUUCUACGGAGGACCAAUGGAUUCAGGUUUACCUGGGUAAGACGACUGACGUCACAGGGGUGUUGAUCAGUGGAGGUGGGUCCAACUGGGACCUGGGCAGCUGGGUGACGUCAUUCACUCUAGCCUUCAGCAUGGACGGCGCCUUCUGGACACCUUACGUAGGCGGCAGUGACGGCGUGCAGGUUUUCCAGGGAAACCGAGACCGGUACAACAAAGUGAGCCGUCCUCUCCCAGUUCCUGUGACGUCACGCUACAUCCGCCUGUACCCGACAGGCUAUGCGGGCUGGGUUGCCAUGGUGAUGGAGGUGUACGUCACAAAUGACGAGAACACGUGGUUGAAGCAGGAGCAGUACGUCCCGCUGGGAGUCGAGCUUGAUCCCGACGAUCCUGCUGCGGCUCCGAAGGUUCCCGACCUCGCCAUGAGCGCGUCCUCGCGAGGGGAUGACUUCUACCCGUGGCAGGCCCGACUGAACCGCGGGGAGGGACAGCGGCAGGGGGCGUGCUGGUCCCCGGCUCUGCUCACAGACACGGAACAGUGGCUACAGUUUAAACAUGACAGAGUGUACGAAGUGACCGGAGUCAUCACCCAGGGAGCUUACAUCCUGGACUCCUGGGUCACGUUCUACAAGCUGGCCUUCUCUGUUAACGGGCAGUGGACAACAUACAGCAACAGGGAGGGCAAAGAAAUGGUGUUCCAAGGAAACAGCGACAGCCAUCGCUACGCUCGGAACCUGUUGGACAACCCGGCUUUUGCCCUCUUCACUCGCUUCUACCCGCUCCACUUCCACAAUACGAUUGCACUGAGGGUCGAGAUUCUCGUUAUAGAGGAAAUCUCCGUCCAGUUCAGUCCGUGCGGAGACGAUGACGAUGAGACGUACCACAACAGUCUGGCGUGUGACGGCACAGAAGACUGCUCAUCGGGGGAGGACGAGGCAAACUGUGACGAUUGCGCACUGGAAUGCCUGACUGUGACCAGUGACUCCUGCAUCCCGAGUAGGUGGGUCUGUGACGAGCUGCAGGACUGUCUUGACGGGACAGACGAGCGGGGGUGUGUCAGAGUUGAGAAGACUCUGGCGCACAAGUGGGGUUCCUGCGGCUACCUCUGCACGUCUGUCUUCGGUAACGCGUCAUGCGUGCCUGACGCGUUUGUCUGUGACGGUGACGCAGACUGCUGGGGGGACGCGGACGAGCGGGACUGUGAUUUCGGUGUUUUUAUAGUCGUGGAACCCGAGACAGCAGAAGACUGCGGGACGUUCUACUGCACCUUACCCGGCUCCCCGGACCCGUACUGUGUGCACGGCCACCUGGUCUGUGACGGGCACCCGGACUGUGCGGGAAGGGAAGACGAGCAGGGAUGCGGCGGGGACGCGCAGGAUCCAGUAAGACUGUUUUUAUCUGCAUGA